CAUCUCUGGCUUUCCGUCGUUGUCUUUAGGACUGGACACCGAAUCAGGUGUCCAUUUCCUCCUGGCUGGACACCGAAUCAGGUGGGUCUUCUCCGUCCUCAUGUUUCACAAUCAGACUCCAUGUCCUUGUCUUUAGAGCUGGACACCGAAUCAGGUGGGUCUGCGUUGUCUUUAGAGCUGGACACCGAAUCAGGUGGGUCAUCACCAUUUCCUCCGCUAGACACCGAAUCAGGUGGGUCUUCUCCAUUUCCUCCUUAGGUUACAUAGGGGGCAUGUGGGUUGAGUGUAUACUCCCACGUUACAUGGAGGGCAUGUGGGUUGAGUGUAUAAUCCCAAUUUGUGAGUUUUGCCAAGCAAUCGUGUCCGGUACGUAG